AUGGAACGCCGUCGAUUUUUGAAGCUGUUGGAACAUCCAGGGACGUUCCGGGGUGCUGAUCACCUUUCUUGUGCCGAAGUAGAAACAUCCGAGGCUUCUACCGGAUCUUCAGUUCGCAAAGGGAGGUUGGCCGAGAAAGAUGUAGCUCAAUGGCUGAACAAAGAUCCGAUACCAGCCAAAGACAACGCAUCAUCGUACAAGCUGCGGGUGCUUGCCUGCACAUCAAUUACCAAGUCAGACCACCGUCCAUCUCUUGCACUGUCACGCACAACAUAUGAACUCCUCGCAGAUCGCUGGAGUCUUCCUCAUUCGCUUUUGUAUGUGCUCAGUACACGCACAUCUUGCUUCGUUCCGUUCGAAGACAUUGAAAACCGUACCACAGGUCAUGUGUUUCAGACGAUCGACAAAAACGGACGACCAUUCACGUGUGCUCUGACGCACUCCCCUCACACUAGCGAAACCAACGUUCUUUUAUUUGGUUUACUGCCUGACGAGUUUGAGAUAAUCUGCGACGAGCUUUCCACGCCGCCUCAGCUCUUCGCAUGCCCGACAUUCAUUCCCAUCUGCCUCAUCGACAUGGUGAACGAGAUCAUCGAGCACGAUCUCGAGAGCGGCCGUAUCAGGACACACAAUAUCAUGCUCGAGCUUGGCAUGCGAAAAUCUAGCACCGAAGGUGUUUACGUCGACUGCAGUCUCCAUCAUUGCGAUUUCGUGCCCAUCACUCGUGCACUGACUGGGCUGACAGCGAACCUAGCCAAGUGCGAGCUGGCAUGCGAAGCCCACUCACUUCUGCUAGGCCAGAUGGACAAGGAGCUUGAUGCAUGGCUAAACAGCUUAGAUGCCGAAUACAGACGCAAGAUCGACCGGGCCGCGAUGAUGCUGCGGAAACGGAGUGAUAAUCUGAGGGAGUGGAUGCAGGCGAUGAAACCAAGGACAAAGUAUCUCACCCAGCGAUCGCAAGCAUAUGUGCAAACAGUAUACAGCCUCAUGGCCCAAAAGGACAACGCUCUCAAUAUGCAAACUGCAGAAGCCUCGCUAAACCUGUCCCGAGCAAGCUUCAGAGACAGCGCCGCCAUGAUCGCUAUCGCCGAAGACUCAAAGCAAGUCGCGCUGGCCACAUCCAAAGACAGCUCUUCCAUGUUCAUCAUCUCAGCAUUGACCCUAGCCUUCCUUCCACCAACAUAUACUGCUACACUGUUUAGCACCCAGUUUUUCGAUCUCAACUCUAAGACCGCGGACAACAUGACUUCAUCGCGAUUCUGGUUAUACUGGGCGGUGACGGUCCCCUUGACCAUGAUCACAACUGCUUGUGCAAGGGUUUUCUACUAUUUGAGAGAUAAGAGGAUGAGAGAAAAAUUGUGUCUUGCGAGACAAGAUAGCCAACUUACGAAGAUCGAAAAGGGUCCGAGGAAAGGUUCAGACAUAAGCAGCAAGUGA